AUUUGGGGGAGGGUAUUUUUAGCCAGAGGAAAGUUGGAGUGAUUCCAAAGAAAUCAGGUGACAGCCUGAAAAACAGUGCUCGACACUUUUUAAUUUAAAUUAAAAACAACCUGUUUUCUUUUGGAGAAAGGUAAAAGUAUAAACAGUGCCUUAAAGCCUAUUUGUUGUCCCACAGUUUCUGACUCUGAAAACUCCGCUGUCUAGGGAAGCACAGUACAGGAGUGCUUCUCAACCGCGCAGUAAGAACUCGUUCUGUUUUAAUUAACAACAACGAGACUUAUCUUAGAAGAACGAGAACGUUUGCCACCUUCGGGAAUUUAAGAACACGUUUUGAAAUGGGUUCCCAGUCUUUUGAAAGGGCCCAGUUUUCAUCAUUGUAAGUCAGUCGAUCCAGGGGUUCCCCCAGUGCUUUUAUGGGUGUAUCAUUCCAGGGGACUGCAUCUAACAGAGUGUCCUGCACUCGACCUGUAAUUAUGAGAAACCCUCCUCUGACUUAAAGAUAAAAAGCAAAGCACCGCUCUGCCGGCUUUCUUCAUUCAGUAUGAUUUGAGAUCGUGAACAUGGACUUUUCUCGGCUCCACAUAUACACGCCUCCUCAGUGUGUGCCCGAGAACACUGGCUACACCUAUGCACUCAGUUCAAGUUACUCUUCUGAUGCUCUGGAUUUCGAGACCAAGCACAGAUUGGACCCUGUGUUUGAUUCUCCAAGAAUGUCCCGGCGUAGUUUGCGCCUGGCCACCACCACGUACGGCACUGAGGGUGGCCAGGUGGGGGAUGCUGACUCCUGCCCCAGCAACACGGCCUCCCUGAAGGACACAGCAGCCAGAACCACAAAGCAGCGCAGAAACGCGAGCAAGCUGGCCUUCAGUGUGAACCGCCACUCGAGGCAGGCUGCUGCCCGCCAGAGCGGUGGUCCGCAGGGCACGGCCUGCCCACGGCCCCCCGUGCUGGACGAGUCUCUUAUCCAAGAGCAGACCAGAGUGGACCACUUCUGGGGUCUUGAUGAUGAUGGAGAUCUUAAAGGUGGAAAUAAAGCUGCCGUUCAGGGAAAUGGCAACAUGGCCGCAGAUGCAUCCUGGAGCAACGGCUACACGUGCAGGGCCUGCAGCCUGCUGUCCGAGCGCCAGGACACGGUCCCCGGGCAUGCCACCGCCCUUGGCGCCACCUCCAGGGUGUACUCGAGGGACAGGAGUCAGAAACGCGGUGCGUCUUUCUGCGUGGAUAGGAUUCUGUGGCUGGCCACGCUCACUUCGGCGUCUCUGUCAUCAUUCUUAGUGCAACUUUUUCAAGUGGUUUUAAUGAAGCUCAAUUAUGAAUCAGAAAAUUACAAAUUGAAAAGCUGUGAAUCAGAAGCUCAUUCCGAUCCCUGUGGGAGGAUGACAGUAAAAGAGUGUCUCAGAGAGGACGGUCGCCUCAGUGUAAAUGGGGAGUCGCUGUGCAAUGACUAUGAGGGGCUGGAGCACCUUGAAACACACACAGCCACCCACUUGCAGUCCUCCGAGACAGGAAGGGCAGCGGGGACCGCAGGGACCGCCCUUUCCCGCGCAGGUCACGUCUCCAAGCAGACGCUGCGGAGGAUCGGAGCUGCGGGGCGGUUUGCGGCGCAGGCCGUGCUGUCGGUCCUCUGGUUGGCCGUGUUGGCUCCAGGGAAGGCCGCCGCCAGGAUAUUCUGGUGGCUGGGGAGUGGAUGGUACCAGUUCGUUACUUUGGUUUCUUGGCUGAAUGUGUUUCUUCUUACAAGGGGCCUUCGAAGCAUCUGCAGGUUGUUGAUCUUGCUCAUUCCACUGUUGCUUCUGCUAGGCGCAGGCCUUUCCUUGCGGGGCCAGGGCGGUUUCCUCUCCCUCCUGCCCGUGUUCAACUGGACGCACACACUCAGAACACAGAGGGCCGAUGAUCCCAAGGACAUGUUCACGCCGGAUACUUCCCACCUGAGCCGGCCUCCCGAGGGUGCCGCUGAGGCGUCUCCCUGGCGCUGGAUGAAUGAGGUAGAAAGGCAGGUGACCUCCCUGUCUGGACAGUGUCAGAGCCGUGACGAGAAGCUGAGAGAACUGACAGCUUCGCUUCAGAAGCUGCAGGUGCGGGUGGACCAGAUGGAUGGCAGGGGUGCAGGGAUGUCGUCUUUGGUGAAGAGCCUGGUGGGGCAGCAUCUAAAGGACUUGGAAGCCGGUGGGCUGCUGGGCUCCAAGACCGACUCUGUGACCUUCCCCCAAGGACACGAGUUGCGCAUCUCCAGCCUGGAAGACCUCCUGGGACGACUGGCAGAGAAAGCCGAGGCCAUCCAGAAGGAAUUAGAACAGACCAAGCUGAGGACAGAGAGCGGGGCAGAGCAAGAGCAGCACCUGCUGUCCAUGGUGACAGAGCUGGAGCGCGAGCUGGGCUACCUGAAAUCAGAAUUGUCAGCUUGGCAGCCUCUGAAGAACGGCUGUGAGAAGGUCCACACAAUACACGAAAAAGUCGAUGCCCAAGUCAGAGAGACCGUCCGACUCCUGUUCUCGGACGAACAGCAAGGUGGGUCUCUCGACUGGCUGAUCCAGAGGCUGUCCUCUCAGUUUGUCGGCAAGGACGAGCUGCAGGUUCUGCUGCGAGAGUUGGAGCUGCGGAUACUGAAGAACAUCUCCUACCACGUUUCUGUGACCAAACAGAUGCCGACGUCGGACGUUGUCAUGUCCGCAGUGAACACAGAGGGGGUUUCUGGGAUCACAGAAGCGCAAGCACACGUCAUCGUGAACAACGCGCUGAAGCUGUACUCCCAGGACAAGACCGGCAUGGUGGACUUCGCCUUGGAGUCUGGCGGUGGCAGCAUCUUGAGUACGCGCUGCUCCGAAACGUACGAGACCAAGACGGCGCUCAUCAGCCUGUUCGGCAUCCCACUGUGGUACUUCUCCCAGUCCCCCCGCGUCGUGAUCCAGCCUGACAUAUAUCCAGGUAACUGCUGGGCAUUCCGAGGCUCCCAGGGGUACCUGGUGGUACGGUUGUCGAUGGAGAUCCACCCGACCAGCUUCACUCUGGAGCACAUACCAAAGACGCUGUCACCCACAGGCAACAUCACCAGCGCCCCCAAAGACUUCUCCGUCUACGGACUAGAAAAUGAAUAUCAAGAAGAAGGGCAGCUGCUGGGACAGUUUGUGUUCGACCAGGACGGGGAGUCACUCCAGAUGUUCCCGGUCCCGAAAAGGCCUGAAAGAGCUUUUCAAAUAGUGGAACUCCGGAUUUUUUCUAACUGGGGCCAUCCUGAAUACACCUGUCUCUAUCGGUUCAGAGUUCACGGAGAGCCUGCCAAGUAGGGACUCCUCCCUGCUGUUGUACAUUGUGUAUAUACUGGGGCAGCCUGAGACACCGGACCCCCCUUCCCUCGCGAAUGAGUGCGUAGGGAACGACAGGAUGACGUCACCUGUUAAGUGUUGCCGACUGCCAGCAGCAGACGCGGGAAUUGGAGCAAUAAAUGUUGUGACACCCGCUUGCCGUUGUGUCCAUAGGAAAUUGCGUGUGGAGUGCUUGGGUUUUGGGAGCUCCGUUAGCAGCAGGUGGUUUCGGGAAGUCGUUGAAUGUAUGGUUCACAAAGACACUUUGUUUUGGGGAUUUGUUUUUAACAUAAAGCUUUUUAUAUUUGUGUUUUCUCGACAUCAGGAACAGAGUAAAUGAAGUUAACAGGUUUGAUAUGUUCUUGCAGCUUCUGCACUUAGCCGUUCACUGGGGGCCAGAUGUAUAUUCUGUGUUCAGUCCAGCACUCAGCUCUUUCAGGGAAAAUCAGUGUCACCAAAUCUCAGUCCUCAACUCCUUCCCUUUAGGGCGGGUUUGUCCUCCACCCAGCACCAGGUGGGGAGAUGACGAAGUGUGGUUUUCUGCUCAGUUUCCUCUGCUGAGAAAAAUGUUCAUUCAGGGCUCGGUGUGCAGACACCCGUCAGGAACACAGAGCUGCACUGGUGUGGGCCGAAGUGGGUCUGAUUGGGGAGGGGACCUCUGGGUGUAAACACACAGAAACACAGUUCUCAGGGCUCCUCCCUUUGGGUCCCCCUGGAGGUUCACUUCACGGUAUGAAUAGGAACCCCGAGAUCCGAUCUCAUGGGGGUUUUCAGGUUUUCUUUAGAAUUUUGCUGAAAAGGAAACACUAACAUGCUCCACAUCAUUCAGAGGCUGUUUUUAUUCCACUGUGGAACCAAAGGAGACUGUCUGGCGUGGCCAGUUCAUAAAACCCUGUGUCUUACAGCUUCCUUGCGGCAGCGCUCAGCACCGGCGCAGGGGUGUCGGCCGUUCUCCUUUGAUUCCUGAGAUGCGUUUUGGUGAUAAUUAACAUUUAACACUGAGUCUAUUUAACUGAGCAGACUUUAUAAGUGAGAUAUCCACGAGGCACUUACGGUGUUACCGAUGUUUUACCUUAAAAUUAUUUAACUUUUAUUUGGGUUAAGAGUGUUUCUUGGUGUACCAUAAAUUGUUGUAUUUUCAGGAAAAGAUAAAAUGAUGGUGCUGACAGGUCCUCUGGCAUUUUAUGUAUAUUGCACAGCAGUCCUCCAGUUCACCAGCCUGGUGGCUUUUUAUUAGCUUAGAGUGGGAACUAAAGCCUGUGCAGUUGAGUUGGAUAAAAUGUAUGCAGAUGUUUCCUGUAUUACAGGAUAAGUAUAUAAAUCAGAAUUUCCUAUAUAAAACUGAAUUUGGGAGUUGGGGUGGAACUAUUUUGAAUAUUAAUUUAUUUUUAAAGAUGCAGGAUAGGACUUUGUGCAGUGUAUUUUUGUAAAUGCUUUUCCAAAUAUGUCUCUGGUAGUGCUGCUGCUGCCACCAAACUGAUGCUAUUGAAAUGUUUAAAUAAAGAAUUUAAUUUUUAAAAGUG